AGGGGAGGGGCGCUGGCCCGGGAGGACUGACCCAGGCUGCCUUCCUGCCCUUCUCUGCUUCUCCUCCGCGCCUGCAGGUCCCUGAGAGUGAAUUCCUGAGCCCCGUGGACGCUUUAAAGGGUGUGCAAGUCCUCAGCUUGAGGUGAAAGUGGGAUAUCAUGGCAUCGUCAGUGUGGACUGGGAACAGAGGGACAGUCCGAGAUUACGCAGGCUUUAACCCAUCUGCUGAUGCUGACACUAUCCGGAAGGCCAUUCAAGGAAUUGGUACCGAUGAGAAAACUCUAAUUCACAUUCUGACAGCAAGAUCUCAUGCACAGAGGCAGUUGAUUGGCAAGGAAUAUCGUGCAGCAUCUGGAAAGGAUCUGAAAGAUGACUUGAAGGGUGAUCUGUCUGGCAACUUUGAACGUCUGAUGGUGGCUCUUGUUUAUCCACCAGCUGUAUUUGAUGCGAAGCAGUUAAAGAAAGCCAUGAAGGGUUCUGGAACUGAUGAGAGUGCACUGAUUGAAAUUCUAACUACCAGGAACAGCAGACAACUGAAGGAGAUCUCCCAGGCCUAUUAUACAGCCUAUAAGAAGAGUCUUGGUGAUGAUAUUAGUUCGGAGACAUCCGGAGACUUCAGGAAAGCACUGUUGACUUUGGCAGAUGGCAGAAGAGAUGAAAGUCUGAAAGUGGAUGAACAUCUUGCAAAAAAGGAUGCCCAGAUUCUUUAUGAUGCUGGUGAGAAGAGGUGGGGCACGGAUGAAGACAAAUUUGUGGAGAUCUUGUGUUUAAGAAGCUUUCCUCAACUGAGACUAACAUUUGAAGAAUACAGAAACAUCAGCCAAAAGGACAUUGAGGACAGCAUUAAAGGAGAGUUGUCAGGUCAUUUUGAAGAUUUACUGUUGGCUAUAGUUCGUUGUGUGAAGAACACGCCUGCCUUUUUAGCUGAAAGACUGCAUAAGGCUUUGAAGGGUGCUGGCACUGAUGAAUUGACUCUGAGUAGAAUAAUAGUUUCCAGAUCAGAAAUUGACCUUUUGGAUAUUCGAGCAGAGUAUAAGAAGCAUUAUGGAGGCUCCCUCUAUUCAGCCAUUAAGUCAGAUACUUCUGGGGACUAUGAAAUUGCCCUUCUGAAGCUCUGCGGGGGAGAUGACUGAGGAAAGAUAAUCUCCAAAUGCCUCUCAUCUUCCUGUGAUGUCUCCAUCAUCUGCAGUUAACUGCUUCCUUGGAGCCAGGAAAUGCAUAAGCCAGUGGAAACAGCAGCUUGUUUUCUUAAUUACAAUUUUCAUUGUUUCAUAACAAAUAAAACCUUACUUUCAGUGCAUGUCAUAUAUCAUGGAGCUGUUUCUAAAAAAUGAGCUUUAAAAAAAGUCAGAUCAAAUCAUUCCAAAACGGGCAUCUGCCUGGGAAGUAGGAAUUCAAUACUGCAUUUGGAAAAGCAUUAUCUGUAAAAUGGGGCAAUAAAAGUUAUCGUUCUCACUAAA